AUGACAAACUCGGACGUGCGUUGCGUCGUCUUUGGACGAGAUGGAGACGUCGAUCUGGCUCAAGUGUUGACGUUCUUACGUGGAUUUAGUGUUCUUUAUGGCUCUGGCCUUGCACUGUAUACUAAGAUUGGUGUAAAUACUGCGGAAAUGGACGCACUGGCCGCACACGAGGUCCAAACAAACCCAAUCCAAGUGAAUCAAAAACAGGAACAGCAUGAGCUCUUUGCUCGUAUCUCAAUGGACCAGAAAGAGUUUAUUGUAUAUGGAAAGACAGCACUAUUACAAUGGAUGAAGCAACAUCUUUUUGAGUCUCGAUACUCGUCUCCAAGCUCCUGUUUCGUGACCCAAUACCAAGAGCCGCCAUUGCGUAUCUUUAUCAGUGGUAAUCGAGCUCAAGUGGGCAAAUCUACAGUGUGUAUGGGACUACUAGGUGCAUUACUACGUAAUGAGUACAGACCAAGUGAGAUUGCAUACAUUAAACCAGCUACACAGUGCGAGAAACCACAGCUCGUAGCCAAGUUUUGUCGUCAGCAGGGUAUCACGUGUUGUGAUGUAGGACCUAUUUUGUUUUAUAAAGGCUUUACGCGAGAGUUUCUUAAAGGUGAAACAGAGACGUCAAUGGAGUUGUUGGAAAAAGCUAAACAGAAGGUGGAACAAGUGGGGGAGACGAAAGAAGGUUGUGGUAGUGGAUGGAGUGGGAUAUCCAGCGGUUGGAGCGAUCUGUGGUGUGUCAAAUGCUCAGAUUGCAAAAAAAUAGAGGCACCGGUGGUGCUGGUCGGUACAAAGGGUGUGGGUGAUGCAGUGGACUUGUUUUCGUUGAAUGCAACGUACUUUGAAAGCCAUGGUGUGAAGGUGCUAGGUGGCAUUUUUAAUCGACUGCCCCAUGAGGGGUAUUAUAGUCUGGAGAACUGCAAAGAGAACGUGACGGCGUAUUUUGAGCAGUUUCAGCCCGAAAAGCGCGCCUAUGGAUUUAUUCCUGAGCUGACAGACGGUGGGCAUAGCGCACUGGCUGCUGAAAAGGACGAGAACCCAAAGGAGUCUACGACUGGCGUGUUUCUCACUGCGGCUGAGGACGAACUGGUUACAAACGUCGUAGAUGAAUUUGUUCGGCGUGUUAAUUUGGCACAGUUGCUUGUGGACGUAGAAGCAGCUCAAAAAGGAGACAAGCAUAAACUUGCAAGUUCGACUGAACCUGAUGCCCCGAAGCUCACACCGCAGACAACGAAGCCGAAGUGUGCACGCAAGUUUGAGAUCCCAACUUCGUUUGAGACUGUCGAGCAUCCCUCUUUGGAUACCGUUGUGGUUCCAACGUCUCUAAACACAGUCGACCUCCCAUCGUCGACAGAUACAGCCGCUCUUUCUUCGUCGUUCGAUCAAUCCCUUUGA